AGUAAUGCUAAAAACUACAGUAUAUAGACAUUUUUAAACAGUUUAGUAUAGUUAAAUACAAUAGUAGUAUACUAUGCAAUGAAGUAUACGGCACGCUUUGUAUGAAAGCGCUUUCUAAAUAAUAAAAACUCCAGUAGUAGGUUCUUUGAGAGCCAAUAAAAAGUGCACACUGAUGAUGCUUAAUUCACGACACGCCUUGCUCGCGCCCUCGCACGCCUAGCGCGCACGGUCUAUCAUUUGUGCCUUCGCACUUGCCGUAUUGCGGUGGGCUUUUCCUUCAGCAGCAGAAAUCAUCAUGAUUUCAGUGUUUUAAACUUCAGCUUUCCUGGCGUCUCGCGAAUCAUGUCCACGCGCGGUCGCACGCGCGAGUUCUACUUUAACACGGUGCUGUCGCUCGCGAGAUCACUGGCCGCCCACCGACCAGCGCCCGUGGAGAAGGUGCAGAAAUUAUUAUGCAUGUGUCCAUGCGACAGUCACGGCGUCUUCACUUUAGACGUCCGGCGCACGGAUGCUGUGAUCGCUCUGGCCGUGUUCCUGGUCGAGUCAGAUUUGCAGCACAAGGACAUGGUGGUCAGUUACCUGUUGAAUCUGCUGAAGGGAUUACCCAGAGUUCAGUGGGUGGAGGAGAAUGCUGGAAGAAAGAGUAAAGAGACUCUUCCCAUGGCAGAAAACUUCAGCUUCUGUCUGGUGACUCUUCUAUCUGAUGUAGCGCAGAGAGACACCGAGUCUCGCUCACAGAUUCUGGAGGCUGUGAUGGGUGUUAUGAGGUCUCUCUUGGAGCUUUGUCAAACACCUGAAAACCAUGAUAAAGUGUACCUGUGUAGGUAUGCGGUGCCCUGUCUUCUGGGUGUGACUCGAGCCUUCGGUCGCUAUGGUAACGGCAGCGAGCCUCUCCUCUCGCAGCUGUUCCCGCGAGGAUCGACGCAGCCCAUUCAUCGUGUUUCUGUGGAAACCGAGGGCGUUCGGAGGAGAUCGUUUAACGACUUUCGCUCCAUCCUGCCCAGCUCUCUGCUCACGGCGUGUCAGGGAGACACACUGAGACGCAAGAGCGCCGCCACCCACCCAGACCUGCAGGUGAGCUCGGAGCGAGGCGGCCCAUCACCCUGCUCACCCACAGCACCGGGGCCACAGUAUUUCGAAGGUUCAUAUCUGUCGGAUGGAGGUGCAGUGAAUCCAGAUUAUUAUUUCACCACAGUCAGUUCAAGCUUCUCCAUCUCUCCACUCUUUACUGGUGCCGGUGGACAAGAGAUCGGCGUUCCUCUGGAGAUACUGAGAGAUCUGCUGGACAUGGUGAUGCAGUUUGUGUCCGAUUCAUUCCUGAAGUGUCUGGAUGCUGCUGUUGCCGAGGUGACGGAGGCCAAUCCAGGCAUUGAUCUCUUCUACAAAUCGUUCAGUGACCCGCUGUAUGUCAGCGUGUUUAAGAUGUUGAGGGAUACGCUGUAUUAUGUCAAAGAUGUGCAGACGGGUUUUGUGAUGGAGGUUCAUGACUUCGUGCUGGAGCAGUUCAGCAGCAGCCAAUCAGAGCUGCUGAGGGUUCUGCAUGAAGUGCGGUUGCCGGGGGAACCCAGUCCUCUCAAGCUCCGUUGUCAUGCCAACGCCGCCUGUGUGGACCUCAUGGUGUGGGCUGUCAAAGAUGAGCAGGGAGCAGAGAACCUGUGUACCAAACUGUCAGAGAAACUUCAGUCCAAAACAUCCAGUAAAGUCAUCAUCGCUCACAUGCCACUGCUCAUCUGCUGUCUGCAGGGUUUAGGGCGUCUGUGUGAGUGUUUUCCUGUGAUCGCUCACUCAGCCACGAUGUCUCUGAAAGAUUUUUUGGUGGUUCCGUCGGCGGUGCUAAUUAAACUCCAUAAGUAUCACAGUCAAUACAGCUCAGGAGGAGGCGGGAUCAAAAUCAACGUGACCAAUGAGCAUUCUCAGUCCACUCUUAACCUGCUGUGUAACAGAAAAGAUCAGCCGUCCAUGUAUGAGCAGCUCAGAGACGUCUCCAUCGACAACAUCUGCAGAUGUCUCAAAGCGGGCCUCACGAUGGAUCCUGUUAUAGUGGAAGCUUUCUUAGCCAGUCUGUCAAACCGUCUCUACAUCUCACAAGAAAACGACAAGGACGCCCAUCUGAUUCUGGACCACACCAUCCGAGCGCUGGGUCACAUCGCCGUGGCAAUGAGAGACAGCCCUAAAGUGAUGGAGCCCAUCCUGCAGAUCUUACAGCAGAAGUUCUGUCAGCCUCCGUCACAGCUGGAUGUGCUGAUCAUAGAUCAGCUGGGCUGUAUGGUCAUCACCGGAAAUCAAUACAUUUAUCAGGAGGUUUGGAAUCUCUUUCAGCAGAUCAGCGUGAAAGCGAGUAAUGUGGUGUAUUCUGCUGCCAAAGACUACAGAGAUCAUGGAUACAGGCACUGUUCUUUGGCUGUGAUAAAUGCUCUGGCCAAUAUCGCAGCUAACCUGCAGGGGGAGCAGCUGGUGGAUGAGCUGCUGGUCAAUCUGCUGGAGCUGUUUGUUCAGCUCGGACUCGAGGGCAAGAGAGCGAGUGAGCGGGCCAGUGAUAAAGGUCCUGCCCUAAAGGCAUCCAGCAGUGCUGGCAAUCUAGGGGUUCUUAUUCCUGUAAUCGCUGUGUUAACCCGUCGAUUGCCUCCCAUUAAAGAAGCCAAACCACGUCUGCAGAAGCUCUUCAGAGAUUUCUGGCUGUAUUCCGUGGUCAUGGGGUUUGCUGUGGAAGGAUCUGGUCUGUGGCCUGAGGAAUGGUACGAGGGUGUUUGUGAAAUUGCCACUAAAUCUCCUCUGCUGACGUUUCCCAGCGGAGAGCCGCUGCGCUCAGAGCUCCAGUAUAACUCGGCACUGAAGAACGACACCGUUACACCCGCGGAGUUAAGUGAACUGCGCAGCACUAUCAUCAAUCUGUUGGAUCCGUCACCGGAGGCGGCUGCUCUCAUCAGUAAACUCGACUUUGCCAUGUGCACUUAUCUGCUGUCUGUCUACAGACUCGAGUACAUGAGAAUGUUGCACUCAAAUGAUGCCGACCGUUUCCAGGUGAUGUUCAGGUAUUUUGAGGACAAAGCCAUCCAGAAAGACAAGUCAGGUAUGAUGCAGUGUGUGAUAUGUGUGGGUGAUAAAGUCUUUGAGGUUUUCCUGCAGAUGAUGGCUGAGAAGCCCAAGACUAAAGAGCACGAGGAGGAGCUUGAGCGACACGCGCAGUUCCUAUUGGUCAACUUUAACCACACCCACAAAAGGAUCCGCAGGGUUGCAGACAAAUAUCUUUCUGGACUCGCUGAAACGUUUCCUCAUCUCUUGUGGAGUGGAAGAGUUUUGAAGACCAUGUUGGAUAUCUUACAGACUCUGUCUCUCUCUCUCAGCGCUGACAUUCAUAAAGAUCAGCCUUACUACGACAUCCCCGACACUCCGUACAGAAUAACCGUCCCGGACACACAUGAGGCCAGAGAGGGCAUCGUGAAAGACUUUGCCGCCCGCUGUGGAGAGAUCUUGAAAGAGGCCAUGAAAUGGGCUGCUUCGGUCACCAAGUCCCAUCUUCAGGAGUAUCUGAAUAAACAUCAGAACUGGAUGCCGGGUUUGUCACAGCACACCGGUCUGGCGAUGGCCACUGAAAGUAUUCUCAGUUUCGCAGGAUACAACCGUCAGAGCUCAACGCUCGGGGUGACCCAGCUGACCGAAAGACCCACGUGUGUGAAGAAAGAUUAUUCCAACUUCAUGGCAUCUCUGAACCUGAGGAACCGCUACACUGGAGAAGUGGCAGGGAUGCUGCAGUUCGCUCAGGCGACACACAGCGAGUCAAAUCUCAGUAAGCUGAUGGUGUGUCAGAUGUCUGAAGCUCUGAAGAAAAAAGACUCGGACGCUUUCACACAGAGCAUGUUUAAAAUGACAGCGCUCCUCAUCAGCACUAAAGAGCUGGAUCUUCACUUACUUCAUCAUCUGUGCUGGUCUCCUCUGAAGAUGUUUGUGGAGCAGGGCAUGGAGACGGCCAUCGCAUGCUGGGAGUGGCUGCUCGCCGCACGCGCCGGGAUUGAAGUACAGUUUAUGCGUGAGAUGGCAGGAGCGUGGCAGAUGACUGUGGAGCUGAAGAUGGGUCUCUUCUCAGAGAUGGAACCGGAGGCGGACCCUUUAGCAGCGUCAGAGGAGCGUCAGCCUGUGCCCCGCCCACCUGACGUCACCCCACAUUCUCUCUGGAUUGAGUUUUUAGUGCAGAGAUUUGAAAUCGCCAAGUACAGCAGUGCGGAUCAGGUGGAGAUUUUCACGAGUCUAGUUCAGAGAGCUCUCUCCAUCGGUGUCGGUGGACCCAAGAGCUGUCUGAACCGUCAUGUAGCUGCUAUAGGACCCAGAUUCAGGCUCUUGACUCUGGCUCUAACUCUUCUGCAUGCUGAUGUUGUGACAAACGCCACCAUCCGUAAUGUCCUCAGAGAGAAAAUCUACUCCACAGCCUUUGAUUACUUCAGUGUGGCCCCGCGGUUCCCCACACAGCCAGACAAGCGUCUGCGUGAGGACAUCAGUAUUAUUAUAAAGUUUUACGCGUGUCUGCUGUCAGAUAAGAAAUAUCUCACUGCUACACAACUCGUACCACCAGAUCCUCAGGAUGUGUCUGUGCACAGUCUGUCUGUGAUGGCGGUCACUGACUCCAGGAGCGGUCUGGACGCGGCCGUGGGCUCCAGACAGACGGUCACGCAGGGCUGGAUCAACACAUACCCGCUGUCCAGUGGAGUCUCCACACUCUCCAAAAAAUCAGGUCUGUCGAAGAAGACAAACAGAGGAACACAGCUGCAUAAGUACUUCAUGAAGCGCAGAACACUGCUUCUAGCUCUGCUGGCGAGUGAGGUGGAGCGUUUGACCACAUGGUACAGUCCUCUGGGCAGUCAGGAGCUUCAGAUAUCCGCUGAACAGUCUGUGGAGACCAGCAUCGCCAACUGGAGAUCCAAAUACAUCAGUCUGACCGAGAAACAGUGGAAAGACAACGUGAACCUCGCCUGGAGCAUCGCACCUUACCUCGCCCUACAGCUGCCUGCCAGGUUCAAGAACACAGAAGCCAUUUUUUCAGAGGUGACACGUUUGGUUCGUCUUUAUCCGGGAGCGGUCAGCGAUAUUCCUGAAGCUGUGAAGUUCUUAGUGACGUGGCACACUAUAGAUGCCGAUUCUCCAGAGUUGAGUCAUAUCUUAUGCUGGGCUCCGGCCGACCCCCCCACAGGCCUGUCGUAUUUCUCCAGCAUGUAUCCACCGCACCCGCUGACCGCACAAUACGCUGUUAAAGUCCUGCGCUCGUUCCCACCGGACGCUAUUCUCUUCUACAUUCCUCAGAUCGUUCAGGCUCUGCGCUAUGACAAGAUGGGAUAUGUGCGAGAAUACAUCUUGUGGGCGGCUCAGACGUCUCAGCUUCUCGCACAUCAGUUCAUCUGGAACAUGAAGACCAACAUCUACACGGAUGAGGAGGGACAUCAGAAAGAUGCUGACAUUGGGGAUCUUCUGGAGCAGAUGGUUGAGGAGAUCAUCGGUUCUCUGUCCGGUCCGGCCAAAUAUUUCUACCUGCGAGAGUUUGACUUCUUCAAUAAGAUCACCAAUGUCUCCGCCAUUAUAAAACCCAUUCCUAAAGGAGACGCGCGCAGGAGAGCGUGUCUGAGAGCUCUGUCUGACAUCAAAGUCCAGCCAGGCUGUUAUCUGCCCAGUAACCCGGAGGCGAUAGUCUUAGACAUUGACUAUAAAUCCGGGACACCAAUGCAGAGUGCCGCUAAAGCGCCGUAUCUGGCCAAAUUUAAGGUGAAGCGCUGUGGAGUGAGUGAGCUGGAGAAAGAAGGUUUGCUGUGUCGAACAGAUUCACUGGAUGAAGCUGGCAGUGAUGAAGAAGCGCAGAAGAUCUGUUGGCAGGCGGCCAUCUUUAAAGUAGGAGACGACUGCAGACAGGACAUGUUGGCUCUACAGAUCAUUGGUUUGUUUAAGAACAUCUUUCAGCUGGUGGGGUUGGAUCUCUUCGUGUUUCCAUACAGGGUCGUUGCGACGGCACCAGGAUGUGGAGUUAUUGAAUGUAUUCCAGACUGUAAAUCCAGAGAUCAGCUCGGCCGACAGACAGAUUUUGGAAUGUACGAUUAUUUCCGCAACCAAUACGGAGAUGAAUCCACACUGGCAUUCCAGAAGGCGAGGUAUAACUUCAUCAGGAGUAUGGCUGCGUACAGUCUGUUGCUCUUUCUGCUUCAGAUUAAAGACAGACACAAUGGCAACAUCAUGUUAGACCGACAGGGACAUCUCAUCCACAUCGAUUUCGGCUUCAUGUUUGAAAGUUCUCCGGGUGGGAAUCUGGGCUGGGAGCCGGACAUCAAACUGACGGAUGAGAUGGUGAUGAUCAUGGGAGGGAAGAUGGAGGCCACGCCAUUCAAAUGGUUCAUGGAGAUGUGUGUGCGCGGGUACCUGGCCGUCAGGCCGUAUAUGGAUGCUGUGGUUGCCUUGGUAACACUGAUGUUGGAUACAGGACUGCCCUGCUUCCGCGGUCAGACCAUCAAACUGCUGAAGCAGCGUUUUAAUCCUGGAGUGAGUGAGAAAGAAGCAGCAGCUUUUAUCAUCAAAGUCAUACAGAACUGCUUUCUGAGUAGCAGGAGCAAAACAUAUGAUAUGAUCCAGUACUAUCAAAACCAGAUUCCAUACUGAAGACCAGACGACACAGUGUGUGUGUGUGUGUGUGUGUGUGUGUGUGUGUGUGUGUGUGUGCGCGUGUGUGUGUGUUUGCAGCAUUCAUUUAUAAUAUCAGCAUUUGCUAAUAUGCGAGAUGUGUAUUUUGUUCUCAGUUUUAUUUGUUUUGCUGCAUGACUACAAUUCUGUCAUAAGCUAAAAAUGACCAUACUCAGAGCAGAUCUACUGGAGGGGCAUUGGGUCAUCGGCGGGGGGCACUGCCGUUUGAGAAAUAUUUUGACGCAGUGGCGACAGUAUAGUCAAGUCCAACACAGCAGAAAUGCUAUAAAAAACUAAACACGUUUUUUUUUUUUAUUAAUUAAUAUUAUUUGCUAAUUUCGUUUAUUCUUGUUGUUGUUAAUUUCCAUAUCAUGUCACUUAGUCGAGGCUAUGUGGUAGCCCUAUGCACACACAGUUUAGUCAGUCACACACACGAAGACGAUAAUAAAAGGCAGAAAGGGGUAAAGUUAUGCCCUCUCUCUACUCCAGCACACAGCGGAGGGCUGUAGUGGAGGCUAAACGCAAAUAAAUGCAGUUUACCCAUCUCUGACAUGUGUUACCCUUUUGUUAAUCCGCCUCUCCGAUCGCGGUUAAUGUUAGCUGCAACAGUUUGCUCUGGUCCAUUUCUCACAAUGAUGAGCCGACAAAGUUGUUACGAAGCACGUUGUUUCAUCUCGUCAGCGAGAGCUCCAUCCAUCACUACACCAUUUGACAAUCACUUGAACUCCCGGGUGGUUUGACGAACUUAUAAAGAAAACAACAAAACCUCUAAAGCAGCUUACUCUCCUUUUCUCCGUCUGCUACUUUUCUCUCACAUACGUGAAUUAGGGUUGUCACGGUCCCAUAAUCAUGUUUUACGAUACUAUACCAGCUGAUGUAUCUCGAUACCAAGUAGUAUCACGAUGCUGUGCCAUGUUCAUAAUUCAAAUCUAUACAAAAAACACAGAUUUAGAUGAAACAUUUUGUAUUUACUGUAGUAAACUGUAUUAUACUUUGCACUAGAAUAUGUUGUUGUAUUAACUGUAGUAAUUGGAUAAACUGUAGCAAAUACUGUAGUAUACUUAAAUAUUUACAAUGGUAAGACACUAGUGUCUAUGGGCUUUACUAGUUUACUGUAGUAAAUACUAAAGUACACUAGAUCAUUUUUCACGUGGGAACUAAUUCAAAUGUUGGACAAAUUUCAUAGAUACAGCGGUCUUUAUAAAGGGAAAUAUUAGGCUUAUUUUAAAUGCAGAAGUAAAACGGCCAGUAGGGGGCGUCAAUUUCCCACUGAGUUAGUGAAUCAUUUAACCAACUCGUUCAAAUCGCCAAUUUGAAUCAUCAACUCGUCCGAGUCAUUCAAAACACACAUUCAUUUAGGAGAUAAACACCGCAAAAAGGCAGAUGUACGUGUUCAAAUAAAUAUUAAUGCGCAUAUGCAACAUUAACUACGGUACUACGAUACUACCGUUUCAAAAAUAGAGAGGCAUCGCGGGUAUUUUGAAGCUUUAGCAUCGCGAUGCUACCGUUGCACCGUGCAACCCUAACGUGAAUACCCUGCACCCGCACUACUUUUCCCAUCAUUCAGUACGGCCAGGACUACAAACCCCAUGCUUCUUAAAGGGACAAUGCCCAUAUUCCCGCAACACAUGUCAGAAAUAGUUUACCACCUCUCAGCAGUUUAUGCACUUCCAGAAAACAAUUAAGUAGGCCUACCACUGGUUAUAAACAUUAGACAACACCAGCCUCCACCAUCAUCAAAAACACCCCUGGACAACAUAUAAGUAACAGGACAGGACCGCUGACAUAACUGAGGCACGCAUUCAGGCAGCAAGUAGCCUAUUGGACAAGCCACGAACUUGAAAUGGAUUCUGCGCGCUGCAAAUCAAAUGUAACAAGUUCACUCAGCAACCAAUAAGCAUUGACCAAUGAUGACCAAGCCUAGUAACGUCAUGAACAACCAAAGUUAUGCGUUUUCCCCGUUCAUUUCAUUUUAUUUCAUUUAAGUUACAGUUUGCACAUUUAAUAUUAAAAGAAUAACUAAAAGGGAUAUUUUUUGGGCCACGCCAUGGCCUUUUUAAGGAGGGGCAUCAAUGACCGCUAGGGGGGCACGGCCCACCGCGCCGGCGCUGUCCAUACUGCAAAAAAGUGUAAAUGAAACUCUGCAGCAGUUUGAAAAUGAGAUUUCUGAAUAGAAUUAAAUCAAAGUGAACAGUGUGGACAUGACGGAAAGUAUGAGUUUGAAUUGUUUAAGCACAUAAACUUUGUUUUGCAAAUGUGUCAUGACCUUGGUUGGACUACUUUAUUUUAUUAAGCUUAACAAAUCUUGCUGUGAACAAAUGUUGUAUGGACAAAAGGAUACAUCUUGUUUGAAUCAAGUUUCGAUUGAUUUUUGUUUAUUUGUUCACAGAUUUUAGGAAGCUUAAAUGUUUAAUAUUAUGUGAAUGUUGAUAAGACUUACACAAUGUUUUUAAUCUGUGGGUUAAAUGACAUCUGACCAAUCAAAGCUGUUUUUUCUGCUUAUGUUUUUAUGUUUAUGUUACUUGGUUGUGCUGUAAAACAAUACUUUUUGCACGCUUGCUUGUUUGUAUUGUUACUUUUGAAAUGCAUGUUCUGUAAAACUGAAUUUAGUAAAUGUCUACAAUAUUUCUCCACAUGUACACAUGCUUAUUUACUGAAAUAUACAAUCCAAAACUGGACCUGUGAUCCUCUCAAUGAGGACUUAACCCUGAAACCCUGCAAAAAUGUUUUGUUCCAUCUAAUGGCUGUUGUAAAUGGUGAAUAUCUGAAUAUGAUCAUGAUCAAUAAUCUAAAUAUGUUCAUCCCGCAAAAACUAAGCAUCAAAGUGUCCAUUCUGAGAGAUUAUCUCUGAAUCAUUCUGAAUAGAAUAAAAACAAAGUGAACUCUGUGGACAUGAUGGAAAGUCUUUGUUUGCGUCAUU